CUUGACCACAAACAUAACUAUUUCGCUCUUAUCUUAAAUAAGUCAACAGUGUGUACAAUAAUUAUAACAAGAUACUCCUUGCUUUGACUGCUAUGCUUGCAAGAGUACUGACUGUGUGUUUGAUGGUUGGAAUAUUAAUGAGCAAUGAAACCAGUGCAACCUGCCCCCCACUACUUGGUGUAACAGAUACUGACAUCAUAUACACCCAAGAACCUGUUGUCAGUGGUAACUUCUCAGUCGAUACUAGAGCCUUGUACGAGUGCACUAGUGGAGAGCUUUUUGAGGGGGAUACUAUACGAACGUGUCUCGCUGAUGGAAGCUGGUCUGGAGUUGAGCCCAUCUGUCUUCGGGCACCAUAAAACAUGAAAAUUGUACAAAAACUGGUCGCUUAUUCGGAGAGCUGCCUGUUCCAUACUAAGUCUGGAGGAUGGUUUCGUAUCCUACACCACUCUUCACAAUGCCAACGGAAACUUCCAGCUUGGGACUAAAGUCAAUUUCACCUGUGUCACAAAAGGAACUGGACUAGAUGGACCGCCUACCAUCAAUUGUACCAAUUCUGUUGACAAUAGCGGCUGGAAUGAUGCUCCACCCACUUGUGAAGAUAUUACUUGCCCUCCACUGGAAGAAAUAGCCAAUGCAAAGUCUAUCGAAUAUGACUCUGGCCCUGACGUCGAUGACAACUAUCCAUUUGGAACCGAGGCUUAUUUCAUGUGCAAACGUGGGUACAAGUUGAAAGGUCCAGAUCACAGUCAUUGCAAUGGCAAAUCUAGUAAUGCUACUGGAAGAUUUCGUCCGUACCCACCGACUUGCAAACUGCGUCGUCCAUCAAUUUUCAAGCAGCCUGAAGAUGAACAGUUUGUCGAAGAGGGCUCGAGUGUGAAGUUCCGUGUGAAAGCUGAUGGAAGAAAUUUGAUCUACCAGUGGUUUAAAGAUUCCGAGAUGAUAUUUGAUAUUGAUGGAGUGUUCUCCGGUACUGACUCUCCUGUCCUGUAUAUUGAAAAUGUGACUCUUGCUGAGGUUGGGAGGUAUGCUGUCAACGUGUCCAAUGACGCUGGCAUAGAUCUGUCAGAUAUAGUGACUCUUCUGACAACAUCCAGUUACAUGCUCAAUGUGAGUGUCAACAUUUCUGAGCCUACGCUUGAAGCAUCGGAGCAGAGUAUUGAGUAUGUGGUCAGUCUGGGAAGAAUUGAUGGGAAAAGGAUCCGAUUUAUUCCAAGACCACUUUUUGUCAAACUGGUGUCUUUUGGUUUUCCCGAGAAUGUGACUGAAGAAGGAGAUGACUUUGACCUCGGUUUCCACAGCUUUGUCUUUGGCCCGUGUCGACGACGUUGUAUCCCUCCAUUACUGUACAAGCCUGGCUUCAUUUCAAUCAGGGAUGACAAUGACUUGGAGUUUGACCACGAGUUCUAUGUUGGGUUUGACCCGGAAUUUGUUAGCCUGUAUGGGAUAUCACUUGGCGAACCUGAGAAAAUCUACAUCAUUGAUGAUGAGCAAUUAACUGUUGGGGUAUCAUUUGAUCAAGCUAACUACAUAAUAGCUGAAGGGAACACCCUCACUGUUACUGGUAGACUCACCAGACUAACUGGACAGCUGAAGACCAACUUCUUUCUGACCCUCAAAUUGGACUUUGAUGUCGACCAAGUUACUAAUGCUAGUGAGAUCAUGAUCUUUCCCGAUGACCUCACCAUCAAUUUUCUGGCUGGAGAGGACACUAACUUCACAAUAUCCUUGACUGUUGAAGACAACAACAGGUUUGAGGGGUUUCACUCAUUUGUCAUAUCUCUGCCAACUGACUCUGACUAUAUUGUACCAAGAGAGGACGAUAAUGGCAACACCACCAUCACCAUCAGUGAUUUUGAUGAUGCUGUAAUUCAAGUGUCAACAAUGAGUCUGGAGGGUAAUGAAGGAACAAAUCUGACUGAUGUCAUCUGUGCUAGCCUCACCGUCUCCUCUACAAAUCCCAUCUUGAAAGAUAUUGAAGUUUCCUUUGAGCUUGUCGCUGGAAUAGCAGAUGCCAGCGACUAUACUGCUAUUGGCAGUCUCCAAACUAUGUUUCCAGUAAACUCUGUUCCUGGUUCCACUCCAGACGCUUGUGUCACUGUUAGUCUGAUCGAUGAUGAAAUUCUAGAGUCCACCCAGGAAUUCUCAAUCAUUCUCAGCUCUGAUAAUGCACAAGUCAGUACUGACCGGAUUGCAGUGGAUAUCAUGGAUGGUGAAGACAUCACUCUUCGAUUCACUGCCGAUGAGAUCAUAGUCAAAGAGGGAGUAGACAUGUACGCUUUGUUUCAGCUGGUAAUGACUAAUGUACCCUCUGGGGGCCUCGAGGGGACUAUUGAGUACACAGUUUUUGUCAGCCCAAGUGGUGCAACAUUGAACCAAGACUACCGCUCUAGUCGGACUGUGUCUCUGUUGUUUGGCACAUGUGGUGAGAUCACCCCUCAGGCUACCUUGGUGGGAUCACUCUCCACUGUGGGGCAGGUGGAGAUAGUGAAUGAUGAGGUGCUAGAUAGUAACUCAGAGGACAUCGGGUUGUUCUUGUUAGAAACUGGCAAUUUUGCGCUAUUGACAAUCAUCAUAUUGGAUGAUGAAAGGGCUACACUUGUGUUUGAGUCUCCCAGUUACACAGCAGACGAGGGAUCAAGUGUUACCCUCACUCUAGCACUAAGGGACAUACCAGCAGAUGGGCUGGACGAUAAUGUCAUUGUUUCUCUACAGACAAUUGAUAUCGGGAAAACUGCUACUGGCAUCGACUACGCUCCCCCUUCUUUCUUUCAAGUGACUUUUCUGGCCACUACCCCUUCACCCACCAAUAUGUCACAGACAUUCGUCAUUGCUAUAUUGACAGAUAAUGUAUUAGAAGACCUUGAGCUAUUUGAAGUGGUGGUAUCGGAUGUUAACUCUCUGUAUGUGGUAUGCGACAGUGAGGCUGACUGUACAACUCAAGUGGUCAUUGAACAGGAGGGAUCUGAUUUACCUAGUUGGAACCUUUUACCAGCCACUGGUACAGAGGGUGACACCGUUGCAGUGUGUGCUACCCUGUUCGGGUUGCCAGCUAAUGGUUUAGAGUGUGACUUUGUGCUACAAUUGAUCAUCUCCGAGGAAACCAUACCAAACACAGCUACUGAAGGAGAAGACUUCACUCCUGUUGGGGACUUUCAGAUAGUGUUUGAGAGCACUAUACCAACCAUGACCACCAUGAGAUAUGCUCAGAUCAACCUCACUGAUGACAAUACCACUGAAGGAGAUGAAAUAUUCUUUGUGACGGUGUCUGAAGUUACUCCAUCUUUUGUUUUAUUUGCUUCCAGUAACUUCACUUCUGUCAACAUCCAGGACAAUGACAUUGUUUGUGACCUAAGCUUUGUGUCGACCAGUUACACUGUGAGAGAGGAUGAGGGUUCUGUCAGCGUGUGUGUCAGCAUCUCCGGAGUACCCUCUGGUGGGCUGGCUGUGGACUUGGUGGUGGAAUUCAGUUACUUGGCCAGCGACAAAACUACUUCAGAUGUUGAUUUCACUCCCGACUAUGAGGUAGUGUUUCCAGCUGGGCUAACUGGUAGUGGUUGCAUUCAAUGCCUAGAUAUUGCUAUUAUGAAUGAUGCUAUGUACGAGGGAGAUGGUCAGCUGUUCAAUGUGUCUUUUGAUGAGAACAAUCUGAACGUUUCAUUUUCUGGUGACUCUCUGGCAACUGUGUACAUUUUAGAGGAUGCUAGUGAUGUGCCUGCCGUGAGCCUUAACUUUGAUCAGCUGACUGUGAUAGAGGUUGAAGGAGUGGUGAGUGUGUGUGCCACCAUUUCUAGUGUACCUGCAGGCGGUCUGAAUUGUCCCAUCACGCUCUCCCUGUCAGCAACCGGCACUGGAGACAAACCAGCCACUGACGGAGAGGACUAUGUUCUACCCGGGGACUUCCAGAUUGUGUUUGACACUAAUGUCCUAUCAGGUGACUCAGAGUGUGUCAAUAUCAGCAUCACUGAUGAUGAGCGAGUGGAAAAUGAACAGGAGUUUGUUGUUAUGGUGACCAGCAUAUCAUCACAGGUUGAGCUACCUGGAUUUACUUCAGUGUACAUCACAAUUGAAGACGAUGACACUGCAGUGGCUUCCUUCUCUCCUGGCGGUAUCACAGUAACUGAGUCUAACUUCAUUAAUGCUACUGUGUGUGUGGAGCUGACCUCUCUCCCUACUGGUGGAUUGGAGUGUGACGUCGAUAUCAGCUUGUCUCCGAGCUCUGGAUCAGCAGCACUCAAUGAAGACUAUGAAAGUUUUGUACUUGUCAUAACUAUCCCUGCUGGAACCAGUCUGAGUCAACCAGUGUGUGCCUACUCCGUCCAGUUGGGUAUCAUCGAUGAUCAGAUUGUUGAGGAUACUCAAUCAUUCACCCUUUCUCUCGUAACGGCCUCCCCUGAAGGCACUGUCAAUAGUAGUGGUGUCUUAGAAAUCAAUAUCAUGGAUGAUGACUAUUUGUUUGUGGACCUCCAGUCAUCUGAGUACCUCCUGAAUGAGGGCAAAAAUGUUCCUGUGUGUGUAUUGUUCUCCAGUCAGUUGCAGCGAUCGGUCACCGUGAGCAGCCACUACGAGGACCUCACCAACCUACUCAGAGGAGAAGUAAGGUUAGGUAUUACUGGCCCAUUGUACCUGAUUGGAGCUGGUGCUAGCUCCACCAACACAGUGGAGCCAGGGAUGGUGUGUGUGUCAAAGAACAACAAAGAAGACACUGUGAAAGAAGGAACCACACUCUCUGUACUCAGACUAAACAGCUCUGAGAUGGCUGUGAAGAUUGGUUGUAGGCAAGCGCUGUUCAUCGAGACUGCUAAUGAUGUCGUGUUGGCUGAGUUGGUCACUUUGAGUCCAAUGGUGUAUGAGAAUGAGGGUGCGGUUGAAAUAUGCGUGCAGCUGGACCACCUACCAGUGGGAAGUAUCGUCACCGUGGCACUGACAACACAACCUUUGAUUGCUACAGAAGAUGAGGACUACCUGUCAUUAACUGCAACCCUAGAGUGGCACUACGACUCCCCCAGCGUGGUACAGUGUGUAAGUGUGCCCAUCAUCAAUGAUGAGUGUGUGGAAGAGAAAGAAGAGGUGUUCACCGUCUCUCUGUCCACGGAGCAGGCGUGUGUUCAGUUGGGGGCUAAUCUGACAACUGUCACCAUUCAAGACGAUGAUGUGCUGGUACUUGACUUCAGACCAGUUGGUGUUAUUACUGAAUCCAAUGGCAUGGUGGACACCUGUAUCUAUGUUUGUGAUGGCCAACUGAAGAGAAAUUCCUCCAUCACUGUCAGCUUCUGGAAUGGAACUGCUCAAUACCCAGCAGACUUCACCAGGCCUCUUCUAUCUGAAGAAGUGGUUCUCACGCCAAACAACACUGCCAGGUGGCUCUGUCUACUGAGGAUGAAUGUGUACUGUUUAAGGAAUCAUCUGUUACACUGGAUAUUGUGGACAAUGACUGUGUUAACAUUACCCUAUCCCAUGAGCUGUAUGCUGUAUCUGAGAGUGAUGGUUUUGUGGAGGUAUGCGUGAGUCUGGAGGGAGAGACGGAGGUCACAGUCGAGGCAUCUGUCUUCACCAUAGCAGGAUCUGCUCAAGCUGUGGCUGACUUCACUUUCGGUGACACUGACCUGGGAUCAUCUCUUCUGUUUAGCAGUCCGGGUGAGCAGUGUCUCAACCUCACCAUCCAGAUGGACUCAGCACUGGAGACCAACGAAGACUUCUAUGUAGUGCUGCUCUCACAGCAACUAGCUGUUAAAGUGCUCCAGAGUUGUGACGGUGGCGUUCCAGAAGACCAGACUGGAGUUGCCUGAGGAGGAGUCUGGAGAAGGGACAGUGUUCCAAGUGUGUGUGGAGGUGCUCUCUCCUGGGAUCCUCGAGAGACCAGUGGACGUCUACCUCACUCUGGAG